CUGUGGCGUGAGGUGAUCUGCAGUUCUCAGUGGAGAUACCUUUCCCUGUGUUGCGAGUUGGGUGCAGCACAAUCAAACCGACGGACAUCACACCUCGCACAUGUCAGCCUCACGUAACAUAUUACACAUCGUUACACUGAAUUGAAUCAGAAGUGAUUUUCUGGACGGUUGCAUCAGUUGUUUACUGCUGAUUUUCCGUCAGGUUUGUUGCAUCAUUGCCAAUCGGUGUGAAUGGAUGAUGGCUUGCCACAACACGUCCUAACACAAAGCUGUUUUUUAUAUUUCACAAUUUUUCCUCCAACUAAUUUUCCCGCUUUAAUUAUAUUCGUUUUCAUCCCUUGUUAAAAAAAUUAAUCUAUUCUUCUUUUAAUGGUUUAUUUUAUUUCCUCAUUCUAAUUGAGUGAUGGAUGUACAUUGGGCCAUACCAAACAGUGUGGCAUCCAGGGGGAGCUCCUAAGCCUCCACUACCCUGGUCUAGAAGCUGUGUUGGGGGAUCAGGAUCCCUGAAGUGUUGGGUCAUCUUCCAAAAUAUGUUUUCCGUUCACUUUGAAAGGGAGGGCUCAGUAUUGGCUCACAUUUUGACAAACAUACACAAGGAGAAGUUGGAGAUAGGCCAGGUGCAGCAGUAUUACUUCUACUUCUCUGUAUCAGACCUUUGUGGGCCUCUGAUCCUGCUGUCAUGGAGAUUUCCUAUAUCAACUCCUCUCUGCUCUUCAUCUCCCACCAACCCAUAAACAGCACCUCCGAGCAGACUGUUUAUGAGACAUGCAAAAACAUGCCUGCUGUUCUCAUUUGGUACCUAGGCCUGCAGUUCAUCAACAUGUUCCUGGGUAUCCCGGCCAACAUCAUGGUGCUGUGGCUCAUCCACAGGAACAAGGGGGACUCCUCCACCUCAGAUAUCUUCAUCUCCCACCUGGCGAUUUCAGACGUGCUCUUCUGUCUCAUCCCUCCACUGGAGUUAGCCAACAUCGUCUUCCUCACCACCAGCAGCACCUGGUACGUCCUGCGCUUCUUCUACGGCAUCAAAGACUCAUCGCCACUUUUGCUCUCCUGCAUCUGCUUGGACCGCUACAUGGCUGUGGUUCACCCAAUCAUUUUCACCGAGCUCAAAGACCAAAACCACAGAGCAAUCCUGGCCAUCAUCGUCUGGAUCAUCACCCUGGCCUACGCAGCGGCUAAAUGUGUGGGCAACAUUUUCAACUUCGAGAAGGUGUUCACGGCAAUGAUCCUCACAGCAUUUGCCUUCAUGGUGUUCUGCAACAUUGCCAUUCUCUGGGCGCUGAGACAGUCUGGGCCCGGCAGAGACGAGAUGCAUCCCGUGAAGAAGAGAGCUUUCAAGAUGGUCCUCAUCAUCCUGGCCAUCAUUGUGUUUAACUACUUCCCGCCUGUCGCACUCUUCCCCUUCCAGGACUACUUCUCUCCGGACGUGUUUCGCUGCUACAUUCACUACUUCGCCUUUGGCCUGAUGGACUUCAGCAGCAGCAUUCAGCCGAUGCUCUACCUGUCCAAGGAGAAGCUCAACUGCUGCCACAGAGGCACCACAGAAAACUAAUAGUCAUACACGUUUUUAUAUUUAUGAAUGUUUUAUUGUUGUGAUAAAUAGUAUGUUUUUGAUCAGAGGUUGAAAAUGCUGAUUUGUAACUAGAUGUAUUGUGCGGUGGGCCCCUCAUCGAGGGGUCUUAUGAAACAACGUUAAAAAAGAGCAUAUUUUGUAAAUGAAUAGGUUUGAUUAAAUUCUCUCUACUCUAAAAACCUAGCCAUGCAGAUAGUUGAGUUUGUAUUUGCCUGGGUUUUAGAGACAUAAAAGCCAAAACAAUUAGUUGAUUAAUCAAUCAUUUGACAAAAUGGAAAUUUAAAUUGUAAUGUUUUUUUCCCUUUUUUUCUUUCUCAUUUUUAGAGUAAACAAUUGAUUGAUAAUAGUGAAAUAAUUGACACAUGAACAGAGAAUGAACGCAACUGUUGCAGCCCUAAGAGUUCCCAAAUAUCUGAAUACAACGGAGGUGAUCCAAAUGUUGUACUUAAAUUAUGACAAUUUCAUCAUUACAGUAAUUUAGAGGCAAAAAGUUGUCACAAUCCGUCAAUUUUCCUGAUUGGAUUUUGAAAAGUGGUCAACCCGUGUUAUGUUUGUUUGUACUUCCUGUCUCCGCCUAUUUGAUUAUCUGAUUACCUUUUCCCCUGCUGACCUUGAUUUUUUUUUACUGCCUUUCACAGCUGCUUCUUGUCCUUCUGGUUAGUUCUGCCUGUAUUUAAGUUCUGGUUCUCUGUCAGUGGUUGUCAGAUCCUUGUAUGUUGUUGUCAGGAGCAUUUCUGUUCUGUUUUUGCCUUGCCCUGGCCUGCCUGGAUAAGUUCAUCCCCGUCCUGCAUUAGGACCACACUGCUUUGCUUGAUGUUGUGAGACUCCUAAAAAGAAAUAAUGUCUCAAAUAAUAGUUGCAAGUCACAAGAAACAGCAUCUAAAAGCAGUAAGUGUUGAAACAUUUGUGUCUUCACUAGCAAGAAAACUAAACUCUUCUGUCAACAUUUGUAAAGUGGUGAAAACAGUUUCUUUAAUCUAUGCUUCAGGGGAAAAAAACGGAAAUGUCGUAUGUAUGCACAGGCACUGAUUUACUGUAUAUACUGUCUUAUUUUUGCUUUUUCUUGUUGUACUAUAUGUACAAAGAGACCUCAUUGAAUGUAUUUGAAUGUAUUUGCACUGUU